GAGUGAUUAACUUAGCAAGUUCUUUUUAGGUAUCCCUUAUUCCUCAUUUCUCUACCGUUACUUUUCAAUAUUUUACAUUACAAAUCACCACUGCCAAUUUCUACUUGAAUUCGACAUCUCCUCGUUUUCCCGCCAAAAAAGGAGCCGAUGAGUCGCCGGUAUCCCCCUAGGUUUCACGCCGCUGCGUCGCCGUCGGUCGAUUCUGUUCAGAUCAAGCUCCGGCGAAUCGUCUCCAGCCACGAACAGCUCAAAAUCGCCUUCGAUCAGCUCCAUCGUCAGAUCAGAACUGGUUUGCUCGAGGCGGAAGAUGUCUUCGCAUCGCUGGCUAUACCGCUGAUGAAUCUGGUGGGGCUGAAGACGGUUGAAAUGGCUGCCGAGGGUAGAUUCAGCACUGUAAUCACUUCGAUCGAUCGUUCGCAUUCUCAGGAAGAAAAUUAUAUGAAUAGAGCGACGAAAGCUGGCGAUGAGCUGAUGGAGAGACAGAAGCUACAGCUAAUGCAACUCAUCAGCCUUCUCAAGAAGAUCGAAGCGCUCGUCAAUUCAAGCCAAAAGAACAUCUUUCAGAACCUUUCAGACCAUCGGGUUUUCAUGAAAAAAUUCUUCCUCAAAGCUUUUACAUACAUUUCUGCCAUUCAUCAGUCGGGGCAGAGCAAAGACCUUUGCCAAAUGAUGCUGAAAAUCCUUAAAGCCACGUUCGAUCAAGUGGGAGUUGCCCUCGGAUCAGUUGAGGUUGGUGUAGAUGAUUUGAUCUGUGAAUUGGCGGAGAAAAUGUGUAACCCUAUGGUUGAGUAUGUGAACGGUCUUAAGGUUGAAAUGAAAACUGGAACAUGCUCGAGCUUAUUGGAAGUUGUUAAAGAGAUGAAUGGGGCAAUGAAGGUGAGGGACUUCGAGUUGGAGGAAGCAAGAAAGCAGGCAAGGUUAGCAGAACAAAGUAGGAUUGAUGCUUUGAGCAAGUUAAAGAAAUCGGAAGAAGCAGCUCAGAAAUUGACGCUAUCACUUGGAUUGCUGAUCGGAGAUGCCCCUGAAUCGGAGGAAAACUUGACCGAAAAGAAGCCUUUGAGCAUAAAGGAAGAUCAGGCGAAAGAUGACAACUUGUUAUGGGAACUAUUGAGGAAGAAAAGGAAAUGCCAAGUACCAGACAGUCCUCUUGGUCCUAAGGAGCUUCUAGGCAUAGAAACAUGUAACAAAAGGCUUAAUUCGACAAGGGGAAUUCCGUCUUUCAGCCAAAGGCCCGUUACACGCUCCAGGUCAAAAAAGCCCGAUUUGUUCGUCAAUUCCAGGAUGCUCUUAUGCUCUUCCCCUUCGGCAACAACUCAAAAAGUUUUAUGUGGUAAGCGCAUAACUCCUUAGACGAAUUCAAGACUCUGAAAUUUAUUCAAUGUGGUGUUUUAUGUCGCCUCGUUUGUUCAUAACAAGGAAUCGAGCUUCAUUUUCGAUUAGCUUAUUCUGUAAAUCUCCUCUCAUUGCUUAUAUUCCUAAGAUCAUAUUGACUUCAAUAUUAUUGAUUGGCACAC